ACCUGGCUUACUGAGGUCAUUGGCUGGAUAAUUUGGGCCAGCUUGACCACCUUCUACCUAGCACUUGUUUCCAACCAUUGAUUGACCAUUUUGAACAGGUGGAUCCCUUCACCUGAUUAAGGACCCUGAAUCUCCAUGUGAAGCUGUAUGGUUUAAGCAUAAAUCUCCACUUCAUAUGAAAACUGCCAUGCUGAUACAUUCUAGUAGAUUGAAAUGAUCAAAGAACCGGUGGAGUUCAUAGGGAAAGACUGGGGUGAGUGGAGUUAGGAGAGGCUUUAUUUCCUGGUGGCACCUGCAAGGUGAUAUAAUUACUGUACUAAUUGGUCUGACCUGAGGAAAUUAGGGACUUAUGUAAGCCUGAGGUAACACUUGUGUGUUAUCAAGUGUAUAAUAGAUAGCAAGACGGUGCCUGACGGGAGGGACAGACGGAGAGAGUAACAGGGAGGGAGAUAGAUGUAUACUGUAGCAGUGGAAGAUAUCAGGAAGUGAAUCUAUUGCGAUCAUCAUUUAUCAGUCCAUGAAAUAAAAAAUAGGAGCAUUUUGCAAAAGAUUAUGGUGACAACAUUUUUAUCAGGAUGAAAGAUUGGAUUUGUAAGUGGGGCACAUCCUGAUGAAAAAGGAAAUUAAAAAGAGAGAGAAGUGAGGAAAGUGUCAGUAAAUCACUUUACAAGGACUUCAUGGUGUUUUACAUCGAUGAUGCAUUUUAUGGGUAUUAAAAAGCAAGACAUUGUAAAUAUUGCUCUCUGUUUCUGGCUGUAGCAACAAAGAACAUACAUGAAACAGAGUGCUCAGUAAAAGGGAAUGCAACAAGGAGGAAUUUCAUUAAAGUCAAGUGGACUUCUCAUUGUUUCCUAUGCAGAUCAGAGGAGAUUGGAUUUCCUACUGGUUUGAAAAUUAACUUUUAUCUGACAGCAGAUGUAUUUGCAAUAGUUUUGCAUUUGAUCUGAUACUGUUACCGCAGCUUCAUAACUUGCAUUGUAGACUACCAACUUGAAAAGCAGACAAAGUUAGAUAAAUUGAUAUUAUUUCAUAGAAGACAUGAGAAACUGUUUCCAAGUGUAGAUAAACUUGCAACCGAUGCCGAUUAAUUCUAAAACAGACAAGCUUUAGGAAUUGAUAUCCGUUCAGCUUCAGCAAAGACAUUUGUGAACUAGAGGAUUUAUAGAAAAGCAAGUUAUUCUCCAGAGAAGCAAUUUCACACUGUUAACGGUGGGAAUCUAACAGUGACACUUGCUUCUGUUUGGUCAGCAAUUUCUGCAUUUCAGAGGGACAUUUUGAAUAGAUUGGAUUUUCUCUCCAGAGUGCAACUUACCAGUGUUGAAAUAUUUACUCAUCGAAGAUACUGAUGUGGAACUUGCGUCUCCCCAAGAGGGUGCUUUUCGCAGACACUCUGAUUGACUGACUGGCCAUCUUCGCUCCUCCGUGGUGGAAUCAAAGUAGUCUGAAUCGUGAGCGUGAUAUUCUAUUUACUAUCAUUGAUUGUCAAGUGGGGAAGAUUGACCAAUAGGCCAAGUCCCUGGAGAGAGAUUUAUGCUGUUGACCUAUAGGGGUUUGAAUGUGGAAAAACUCACUCAGUCUGUUGUUAGAAGAUGCUGAUAGAGGAUGAGUUUUUUCGUGUGGGAAUGGAAAAUCUUUUUAGACCAUUGAAGAAUUUAAAAGACGCUGUUGAGACACUGUUGGCACAUUGAUAGAAAAAGUGCAGGCUUUGUAAUAAAGAUUGGUGGGAAAUUCGUCAUACCAGAUCAAACUGAAUUUAUUGUUGAGAAAAGAAAAGAAAAACAGAGCACAAAUAAAUACUGGAAAUAUUUAAGUCAGGUAGAUAGGAGACAGAGCAACUAUGAAUUAGAUGGACAGUCAGUGAAGCAUUGGCAACAGGGAGCUGGUGUGACAGACAGCAGAUAAGGAAUCAUCCCAUUUAAAAGAGACACAAAUUAAGACAAGAAAAAUCCUAUUACAUUACAGGUUCUAGAAGUUAAUUGAAAGGUUUCUCAAGAAUGUGGGAGUGAAGUCUUCAAGGUCUCUAGGGCUACACAGAAAACUUAUUUCUUGUGAUUUUCUUUGAGUAGACUGGAGCCACUCUCUGCCUAGAAGGGGAUUUACCAGUCAGAAUGAGCGAUGGAUAUUUCUAAUCAUUUGCAGCAGUGCCAAUAAUACAUCCACACUAACUGCUCUUUUCUGCUUAAAGAAAAAACCUUGAUGACAAAGAUUUUUCAAGGGAGGCUGGAGUAGCAUUUCACUUUCGUCAUCGUAUCUUUAUGCUGAAUUAGCAAGGGUGUUGGGUUGUAAAGUCUGAAUGAAACUUAUUUCCUGUUUAAUUUGCAAUAGUAGCAGAGCAGAGGACUGGGAAUUUGUGAAGAUUAGUGAUUUAUUUUGCACAUUUUGUAUGCAAGCUCUGAGGCAUAGGAGCCAUUGCAUGAUUAGUGCAUGUAAGAACUGACGCCAUUUCACCAUCUACCCAGGCUUGCAGAGAAUCUGACACUCGCGGCAUUAUUCAAUUGUCGAAUGAAUUUCUUUCACAAUACAAAACCAAAACAGUGUGAGAUGAAAUUGAGUCGCAAUACACAACUCACAUGCAAAUGAAGGAAACUUAAACAAGAGAAACAGCCAGGAUUUAAUACGUAGCUGAAGUUCUAUUUUCCAAGUAGAAGUGGCAAGAUUGCUUUUAUUGAUUUCAUUGGAGUCACUGUGGAAAGAAAACAGUAUGCUGGACAAAUCUGUAAUUCUAAAUAACUUGGAAAUGAAUGAUAAUAACAUGAAACUGAAGGAGAAUGAUACCCAGACCAGAGCACAGGGACGACACCCGGGUCAGACAGUUACUGGACAGGGGCCAAAUUACGAUGUACACAGCAAUAACAAUGUCUACACCCCAGGCAAUAAUGCCAAUCACACAGGGUUAAACGGGGAGUCAGUCAGUCUAAGGUACAACUCUGUAUACUCCAGUAGCAGUAACACACCUGGCGUCCCCAUCCCGUAUACACCUGUCCCUACCUUCUUCCGUCCUACAAACAAGAUAAGCAAUGCGGGCCACAGGAUGAAGAAGCACCUCAAACAGAAGUGCACCUGGAAAUGCGUCGCCAUUUUAUUUAUUUUGCUCUCCUUGGUGCUGGCAGCCUGUGUGGCCUAUCUAGUUGCAAUCACUGUGCUCAAUCUUGACUGGCAGUUGGGGGAUCGGGGCAGCCCCCGGCUGAAUGCUCUACCCAAUGGAACAGCACUAGACACAUCAGUCACAACACUACCAACUUCUACAAUUCCCACCACCACAACACCAAAGCCAAUCCCCAGGGUAACUCUCGACUCUCCCAGUGAGGAAAGAGUGCUUCCUAAAGAUUCCUGGAUCCAGCAGCUGGACAUCAUUGAUCCAAAAUUUGUCAAGUUUAACUUCACGUUGCCAGAUGAUGCCGUUAUUGGGGUGUAUGGACGGCUCAAUUCAAAGCCCACCUAUGUACAGUAUGACUUCUUCCACAUGUUGGAUGGAAGGAAGAUAUCACAGCAGAGGAGGAGGAGGAGAGAUGAGAGCUCCACCAAGGAUUCUUCAGAAGACCAAGUGACAGACACUGCCUUCAUCGAGUACUUGGAGCCAGGGCUAUGGUACAUGAUGGUUUAUAAUGAUGUGGAGAUCCCAAACACUGUCUCUGUUGUUAGCUCAAAACAUGACAAAGUGGACAGCACCUGCCCCAAGGACUGUCUAGGCAGAGGAGAGUGUACAAAUGGCCAGUGUACAUGCUUCCCUGGAUAUGAAGGAUGGGACUGCUCACAGACUGUGUGUCCAGUGUUAUGUAAUGGCCGUGGGAUCUAUGUUCGAGGAGAAUGUGAGUGUUACAGUAACUGGAAGGGCAAGGAGUGCUCUGUGGCUGUGGACCGGUGUGAGGUGCCAAACUGCAGCGGGAAUGGGGAAUGUAUCCGUGGAGAGUGCAUCUGCUCACCAGGGUUCAAGGGGAAGGACUGCAGGGAAGUUGACUGUAUUCCUUCCAAUUGUUCUGGGAAUGGCGUGUGCGUCCAGGGGCAGUGUUACUGUAACGAGGACCACACAGGCUCAGACUGUAGUCUGCCUAGAGUACAAAAUAUCCCCAAUAUGUGUCGCAAGAACUGCACGCAGCAUGGAGUGUACGACAUGCAUCUGGAUGCAUGUGUGUGUGAGGAAGGCUGGGCUGGGGAAUACUGUGAAAUUGAGCGCUGCAGUCUGCAGUGCGUACAUGGUCAUUGUAGCGGGCAGAGAUGUGUAUGUGACGAAGGCUGGGCAGGCGCCGUGUGCAACCAGGUGUCAUGUGAUCCACGCUGCCUCGUACAUGGUUUCUGUGACAAUGGCACCUGUAUGUGCAACCCUGGCUGGAAUGGGAAAUAUUGCUCUCUUGAUGGCUGCCCCAGAUCCUGCAGUAAUCAUGGCAGGUGUCAGGUGUUCUCAGGUAGUUGGCAGUGUAACUGUGCAGAUGGCUGGAAGGGAGAGGACUGUAGUCUGUCCAGAGAGGUACAGUGUGGAGACAAUCUGGAUAAUGAUGAAGAUGGUCUAUUGGACUGCCAGGACCCUGACUGCUGUCUUACUGUGGAGUGUAAGGACAGCCCCCACUGUGUGAUGUCACCAGACCCCCUGGAGAUAUUGCUACGGAAACAGCCCCCCAGCAGCACUGCUUCCUUCUUUGACAAGAUGAGGUUCUUGGUGGAGGAACAGAGUGUGCAGAAGUUUGCACACACAGGGUCCUUUAAUGAGAGUCAAGUGUCUGUGAUCAGAGGGAGAGUGUAUGCCAAGGACGGCACCCCUCUGAUAGGGGUGAGGGUCAGCGUAGUCACACAGCCUCUCUAUGGCUUCACACUGACCAGGGAGCUGGGGCUAUUUGACAUCUUGGUGAAUGGUGGAGGUUCUGUAACACUCCAAUUCCAGCGUCAACCAUUCAAAACCAAGAUGGCUACGGUCAUGGUGCCAUGGAAUCAGCUGGUUACCAUGGAGUCAAUCAAUUUGGUGUUAGAGGGUGAUAAUGAGGUUGAGACCCCUCACCCUUGUGCUGUAGAGUACAACACCAAUACUAUCAAACCACUGGUGCUGUCCACAUGGCAACACACACAGCUUGGAUCUUGUCCAGCGGAGAGUGCCAUCAUUCCUGAAUCACAGGUCCUCCAGGAGUCCAUCGCCAUCCCUGGCACCAAUCUCCACCUGGUCUACCACAGCAGUAAAACUUCUGGCUACAUGUCCAGUAUCCUGAUCCAGUUGACCCCUGAACUCAUCCCCCAGACACUGGCCCUCGUCCACCUCAGGGUGACCGUGGAAGGGAUUGUCCUGGAGAAAUUGUUUGAGGCUGACCGUGGUCUGAAGUACAGGUUUGCCUGGGACAGGACCAAUGCUUAUAAACAGAAAGUGUAUGGAAUUGUUACUGCCUCAGUCAAGGUAGGGUACCAGUACCAGGGCUGUUCACACAUAUUCUGGGAGACUAGAACUGCCACCAUGAGUGGUUACGACCUCACCUCUUCUGAAGUAGGAGGCUGGAAUCUGGAUAUCCAUCACACUUAUAAUUUCCAAGAAGGUAUUUUACACAAGGGAGAUGGCACCAACAUCUACUUGAAGGAGAAACCCAAGAAUCUCAAGACCAUCUUAGGUAAUGGCCGCCAGCGCUCUGUGACUUGUACUAAUUGUGACGGUGAUGCCGCUGACAGCAAGCUGCUGGCCCCAGUGGCGUUGGCCAGCGGGAGAGAUGGGAGCCUUUAUGUGGGAGACUACAAUUAUGUCAGGAAGUUGUCGCCGGAUCGUCAGAGGAUUGAUAGGAUUCUAGAAUUGAGCUCGCAAACCGUCCCAUACAAAUACUUCAUGACGGUGAGCCCCUUGGAUGGCAAACUGUACAUCUCGGAUCCUCACAGUAAGAAAGUCCUGCGAGUGAAGACGAUGGGUCCCGUCAGAGAUCUGGACAGCAACCUUGAGAUCAUCGCGGGGACGGGGGAGCAGUGCGUCCCUGGGGACAGAGACAGGUGUGGGGAUGGGAAGCUAGCCUCACAGGCAAGACUCACACAUCCUAAAGGUAUUGCUAUCAACAAAGAUGGCAUUGUGUACUUUGUUGAUGGCGUCAACAUCCGUUCCAUCAACAAGACAGGCCACAUCAGCACUGUGCUGGGUUCUCAGUUACAACCUGGAGACUGGAACCCUCUGCCAUGUCAGGAACCAGCAGACAUUGCACAGGUCAAACUUCACUGGCCGACUGCCCUCAGUAUUAACCCCCUGGAUGACACCCUCCACAUACUGGACAAUAACAUGGUCCUGAGGAUGACCCCUGAGAGGAAGAUUGUAGUGACCGCUGGCCACCCACCACACUGCCCGCCUGAAGACAUCCAGAAAACUGGACUAGGGCUGCUAUCAGACGAGCGCCUCAGGCUCAGUGUGGCAACAAGGGCGACUUUGAUUUCUCCCCAGAAUAUUGCAUUUGGACCAUGGGGAGAGCUGUACAUCGUAGAGAGUGACAAGCAGUAUGUGAAUCGUGUCAGGGUGGUGUCCACCUCAGGUCUGAUAUCUCAUAUCGUAGGUGGUACUCCCAGGUGUAACUGCCAGGACCCAGAAUGUAAGUGUUUUGAUACUAAGGAAACCCUGGCUGCCUCGGCUCUGCUGAACACACCAACAGCUCUGACUGUGACACCAGACAAUGUCCUCCAUGUGGCUGACAUGGGAAACCUGAGAGUCCACUCCAUUGUGUCUUCUCUACCAACUGCCAACCGUUACCGCCAUUAUGAAGUCAUGUCCCCAGGGACACAUGAAGUGUACACAUUCAAUAGAUAUGGGCAACAUCGCUCCACCAAGAAUCUAAUGACUGAUACUGUAGUCUACAGCUUCACAUACAGUGUCAACUCAUACUAUGGGAAACUCACCACAGUCACAGGACCAAACAAUAACCAGUUGAGGAUUGUAAGAGAUUACACAACUUGGGCCAAAGAAAUUGUGUCACCUGGAGGUCAGAGGUCAAAGGUUAAAAUGAAUCCUUUAGGUCAACUGGAGACCUUCACAGUUCCAGGAAAUUAUUCAGUAUCGUUCACCUAUCUGAGCAGUAGUGGGUUGCUAUUCUCCAAGAGGACCGAUAGUGAACACACUUAUUUCUACGAGUAUGAUGACAACGGCCGCGUGUCGCAUGUCAUUCAGCCAACGGGAGAGGUGACAAACGUGGAAACUGAUGUUACAUCAACAGGUGCAGUGGUCAAGGUUGCUACUGAUGCUGCUGAUGUGGUAACCAUGGCAACUAAUGGCAACCAGCUGGCGUACCUGCAUGGCAACUUGAGGGCAAAUAUUUCUUAUUCAAAUGAUGGGUCUUUAGUUGUCGAGUACCCCAACAAUUUAGCUGUUACCAUGGAAACAGCUACUCACCCAUUGCUGGACACAGAGCACAGGAUGCAAGUGAAACGGAAAAUUCUGGGUCCAGACAACCUCCUGCACAAACUUGAGUGGCGCUUUUAUUUGAGACGGGAUGGAAAAAGCAGGAGGAGCAAGAAGGUCGAGAGAAUUGGUCGGCGACUGAGGGUAGGCGAAUCGCACCGUACGAGGCAUGGCAACAGGCAUGCUAACCAGCAUGAAAUGAUAGGAGUCAAAUUACUACUGGUCAAUGGAGAGCAUGUUUUGACUAUCGAAUACGACAGAGAGGCCAACACUGAGACAAUUAUGGACGUUAACUGGAAAGAACUCCUCACCAUUAUAUAUAACUCUGCAGGCCAGGCCGAGGCUUUUGUAUCUUCUCUGAAUCUAAAACCUGUCAAUGUCACUCUGGACCCACAGGGACGUAUGGUCAAAUGGCAGAAAGGAGAUUUAACGCAGCGCUGGGAUUACGACGCACGCGGCCAGUUGAAUAAGAGGGUGAAGAGUAACGGUGCCACCCAGAUGUGGAUGUACAGGGGAGGUGAUAAGCCAACUGAAAUAGCCUUACCAAGUGGAAAGAGAUAUCACUUCAAGUAUGAUCUCCAUGGCAACCUGGCCAAAUUGACAACGCCCAACAGUGGAACCCACAGUUUUGAUAGGCUAGUCUCUGUAGGUUUCCAUAGAUACCUAUAUAGGUUACCAGGGACACAGAUGCCAUAUUUGGAAGAUUACACCAGUGAUGGACGGUUACUAAGGAUUCAGUAUCCCAGUAAUCUUAGGAGGGUGUACUAUUAUUAUAAUGAAAAGGCACUCCUGGAGAAAGUGAUAUCUGGAGAAACAACAAUUAGGCAUUUAUACAACGAGAAGUCCAAACUUCGGACAGGUUAUGACCUUCAAAGUGGAAACUUUGGCUGUCUUCUGGAUUAUAAACCUUCAGAGCAAUUUGCAACUUCAUAUGGGAUUACAUUUAAGGAUAGGAGAUACAUUCAAGGCAGGUUUGAGUAUGAUUAUGACAACAACUUUAGGAUCUCUACUCUCAAAGCAACCAUUGGCUCCAAUGAAUUGGUUCCACUGAAGUUGAGCUAUAACAAUACCACUGGGAAACUUCUGACCAUGCGUUCCUUUGUGUUUUCAUAUCCACAGUAUAACAAAGUGGUGAUCAGGAAUAUACAUGUUGAGAUUACAAAGGCAUUUGAUGAAUACAGUCGCCUUAAUGAAGUGCAAUACAAGUUCAAUAAUGAGCAGGUGUACCACAUGGCUAUCACAUAUGAUAGUGUUGGCAGGCUACAGCGCUGGUCCAGAGAAAUAGGCAGGGGAGAUGAAAAGGCUUUUGACUAUUCUUAUGACAUUGAUGACAACAUAGUGGAUGUAUUACUGCAGGGCCAGUCAUCAUGGAAGUACACCUAUGAUACCAAUGGUAACCUAGCCACAGUAUCACAAUUUGGUCGUCUCAAGGAGGUCCUUGUUGAUAACAGUGAUCGCCUUGUUUCCUACGGAGAUCACACAUACAUGUUUGAUGGUGAUGGGUUUUUGAUCCAAAGAAACAGGGAUGUAUUUGUGUAUAAUUCUCAGGGUCAGCUGACACGUAUGACCAAUGGCGAUGGAAGACAGAUAUGGUAUUACUAUGAUGCACACAGUCGUCUCAUCGCUAGGAAAGACAGUGAUGGAGCUUUUGUACAGUUCUAUUAUGGCAAUGUGCUUAAUAAGAAUCUUGUUACACACAUAUAUAAUCACUCUUCAUAUGAGACAACAGUACUGUUUUAUGAUGGAUCGAAUCGCCUUAUGGCAAUGGAAAAAGGUGACAGGUACUAUUACAUUGCCACUGACCCAAUGGGUUCACCUGUUGCCAUAUUUGAUUCCGUUGGCAUGAUUGUCAAACAAAUCUCUUACGAACCUUUUGGAAAUGUGGAAAUAGAUUCACCACCACAUUUUGAGUUCAUGUUUGGUUUCCAUGGAAAACUGUAUGAUGGGGAGGCUGGACUGGUUUUCAUGGGGGACCGUCUUUAUGACCCUAUGACAGGCAGAUAUCUUACCCCAAGUUAUAGAGACAUUUUCCAUAGAGUGGAAACUGAGCUGCUGCACAAUCCACAGAGCAUCCAGUCCUAUGUGCUGCAAAACCCAACUGCAGUUCUACAACAUUAUGAGGAGUUGGACAUGAAGGAUAUUCUUUCUUGGAUGAAUGUUCUUGGAUAUGACAUGAAGAGCUUGAUUCCCUCAAUCACCUUUGAUGGGCAAAUUCACAAGGGCACCGACUGGCAUCGCUAUACCGCUUCACGGAGACUUCUUCCUGUUACAUCUGUCUUCCAGUGUGCCUUUGAACGAGACUCCGCAAACUUCCUUACCAUGUCAACUGUUACCCCCUCCGACAUGAUGCCUCCAGAGAGGGCGGAGCUCCAGAAGGUGGCGCCAGCUAGUGGAGUUUUUGGCGAUGGGUUGUUGUUGUCUGUUCGUGAAGGUAAAGCUGUCGUGACUCUUUCAGAACAACUCCAACCCAGCAGCAAUGUGAUGUCUCUAUUAUUAAACAAUUCCUUAGUGGUGCCACUGGCUUUAACUCAAGAAGGAAAAGAUGUUCAUUAUUUUGUAAAACAGGAAACAGCAAUGGCCGCUGCAGAUCUCCAAGCAGCAGGGAUUGGGGCAGAAUUCAAAACACUGUCCAAUGGAGUUAAUUUCUCUGUGGAAUGGACACAGGAAAAGACCAACAGGAUGGCUAUUACUAAGCUUGAGAAUGAUUAUGUUAUGGUAUAUAUCUUGUAUGGAACAACUGUAGAGAAACAGUACUCUGUUCUCUUAGAGCAGGCCAAAUCAAAAGCCAUUACACAGGCUUGGGCCAAAGAGAGGCACUUGUUGCUAAGCAACCAAUCUGGUUCAAGAAACUGGUCUCCAGAAGAAAAAGAGCAGAUUGAACAGAGAGGGAAAGCCUCUGGAUAUUCAAGGAACUACAUCAGAGACGUCAAUGAUUUCCCAGAGAUGGCAGAUGAUCCAAACAAUAUUCGAUUUUCAUAGUUUGGAUAUAGGAUCAUAUAACAUGUAAAAAUGUACAUAUUUCAAGUUCAAAAGUGCUUCUCUUGUAAAAACUGAUGUUGUUGUUAAGUUAUAUAUAUAUGAAAGGUAUAUAGAUGGUGCAAAGCAGCAGGAUAAUCCAAAUAAAAUAAUAUCUAGUCAUAAAUGAUCUCAUUUGUAAAGGUUAUAAGAAUAAGAGCUAGAAGUUAUAUUACAACCCCAUUUCAGAGUACAGAGCUGAAGGAUUGGUGUUAAUUCAUGAAAACAACAUUAAAUUAACAGAUUUGAUUUAGUUUUACAUUAUUUGUUUUCCAUUUAUUUAAAAAAAUUAAGUAGAAUUGAAACCUCAAUAUACUAUUUUGGCAAAUGUACUCGAACCCUAGAACAUCCUGGAAGAUGAAGUAUAAAACUGUUAAAGCACUUUGUAUACUUGCCUCUGUGUUAGUUGAAUAUUUAUAUGUCACCUUGUGAUGUAAUGUAAAAGUGGCUAAACUGCUGAAUCUGGCUUUUAUGUCAUAGCUUAGUAGAAUGUUCCCUCUUGUAGAAGCUGGAAUAAUGGGAAUGUGUUAAUGAUAGAACUCUUUUACUACACCACAAUUUUGUUCAUGGGGAUACUGAUUUUAGAAAGUUUUGUAACUUAUUUUUCAUUUCUUCCUCUGCUAACUUUUGAUGAGGCUGUCUUAUUGUCAAUAUGUAGAUGAAUGGUACUUGUAUAACAUCGUUGGUAUCUCCGACUUGAUAGUCAGUUUGUUGUUGCUGUUUUGAAUAGAUGUAUUUAGCCAAUUACUCUGGCAUAGUAAUAGCCAAUGAAUGAAAAACGGAAUAAAAUGAAGCGCAGUUCUGAAACUAAGAAUAGUACAAGGGGAUCAACUAAAAAUUAGUUUCCAUGCUAAGUCUCUGUAGUUGCUUUGGCUUUGUUUAGUUUGAUACUUUCGUGAAAUGUUUCUUAGUCUGCUGGUUUUUAAUGUACAUAGAAGAUAAAAAGAUGUAUGAUAUUGUCAUGUACAACAAAGCUUUUGUGAGAUGUAAAUAUUGGUAAUACAUGUGUUUUAUUCCAACUGUAACUAGUAUAAUAGAAUAGAGAAGAGAUGGAAUCAAAUUUAUCGUGCCAAAUGUCAGAAAUGGUUGGUGGUUUUCAUGAGAUACAUGUAUAUAGGUUGAGAAUUAUGUGUAGAUUUUAAAUUAAAGUUGAUAUACUCAACCCACAAAAAGACAUGUUAUUAGCAAGAAGCUUUUGUAUUUUACUGCAGACUUUUAUCUUAUAGGUUUUGAACUGAGCAGUAAUAAGGAUCUUGAUAUUGAUCUUAGAUAUUAAUGAAGAUAACAUAAGAGAGAUGUUUACAACGAGUUGAAACUCUGUGUUCAUGAAGUUUAAGCUGUAAUUACGUAUCUCAUAACAUUUGAUGAGAUAUGAACAGAUGUAUUAAUGUGGAAAUAGCUUCUGCUUUCUUUUGAGAUAUAAGAGAAGUAGGCACCGCGUCCCAAUGUCUUGCUUUGGUUGCUUUCUUACUUGUAUUACAAGCACUGAGGCACUGCUUGAAAAGUGCUCUGUUUAAUGCUAAGUACACGUAAUGGUUUGACAGUCAUUUAUAUAAACGCUUGGGCCAUUCAGAAAUCUACCGUGAAAGGUUAUUUGUUUUAUGCUAAAAUGCAGGCUAAACUGUGAUUAUAAAUAAAAAUAUUUAAA